CGAUGUGUUGAUGUGUUUUACUUCUCUUUUCUGGUUCAUUUUUAGCAUUUUGAAAGACCUGUUUGAAGUUAUUUUAUAUUUUAUCAGUAUUUAAUGUGAGGUUAAAGCAAUAUUUUAGUUUUUUACACUAAAUAAUUCAGCUAAGUUAUUUGUCCCAUAUCUGCACGUUUUUUCAGCAGGAGGAACAUACUUUGACGAUCAUGUGACGUGAUUGUUAUAUUUUUGCCAAGGUUUUAUGAUCAAAUGCUUUUGCUCCACAUGGAAUAAAUAAUGUGUAUUAAACGAGAGAAAUCCUUUUAAAGGUAAUUUCUACCAGUAGGUCAUCCUGGUGGUGUAAAUGUCUCCGUGUGUCACUUUAUUUGUUAUUAUUUUUAUUAUAUGAUGCUGUAGUUGUUGUCGAUUUUACAAAUAUACUCGCUUUUUUUUCUUCAGUCAUGUCUGAGGAACCGGCAGCAGUAAUCCGAUUACUCAGAAGUCAGAAACCAAAGCUGAUUGAGAUUCUCAGUGCCGAUGCAGAUUUUGUUCUGCAGCAUGCAGAUGCUCGCGCUCUGCUUUCCCCACACAGCUACCAGCAGGUGAAACACUGUCGCACUCCUGGUGAAAAGGUCACUGACCUCUUGGAUCACAUCAUCCAGAGAAGUCCUGAAUCUGCUCAGGGACUUUUAGACCUGCUGAAAGAACCCGACUUGCAAAAGACCUUCCCAAUGCUGUACUUUGUGAAGGACCUGGAUGUUCACACACACUCUCCAGAGAAAGACGUUACAUCAGUAAAGCGGAAAGAAGUAUUCAAAGAACUGGAGGUAAUUCCAGCCAAAAAGAUCUGCAGCAGCGGUUCCAGUUUAGUGACAGAGAAGCAGCUGAUGUCCGUUGCUCGUUCUAUCGGCAGAUCUUGGAGGGAAAUUGGCAGACGGGUUCUGAACAUCUCGUCUGUGAAGCUGGAGCAGAUUGAAGAGGACCAUUCUCUUCAUGUGGAGAGAGUUUUUGCCAUGCUGCGUUACUGGAGAAAACUCCAGAGGGACAAAGCCACUGCUGCUCACCUGCACUCUCUUCUGAGUCAGGGAGAUGAGGCUCUGCUUCCUGAAGACAUCGACUUUCUGAUCAACUCUGACUGACACCUUCAAUGUCUGAGAAUCAGACACUUUAACUGAAGAUCAAUGAGGUUCUUAUUAUUAUGAAUAACAGAAAUACAUUUUUAAAGGGUCUUUACAUGUCUGAUAAUGUCUGUUUUGGGAAAAAAAACAUUUCAGCCAAUGAGAUGUUCAACAAAAGCGAUGCAAUUGUGUUUAUUUUAUUUUAAUGUAAAUAAAUUUAAAGUGCAGGAUGUAAUCAUUCUCUUUAAGAUGUUUUAAUGUUUUGUACUUUUUUCAACAUUUAAUAAAUGUUAAUGAGAGAAAC